AUGGCAAUCUUUGCGGGCAUGCCAGUGUAUGUAAUACACCUGGCUCGACAAGCGGAGCGCCGUGAAGGAACCCUGGAGCUGUUUCACAAGGUGGGCCUAAAGCAGAACUUGCAGUUCUUGGAGGCCAUUGACGGAGAGUAUCUUCUCAGGAGUGGAGGCCGCGUCACUUUCAAGAAGACACCCGGCAAGAACAAGACUGAGAAGACGCUGGCGUUGCUGUCGUACGACACUUUUGACGAAAAACGUCAAGAGCUGCACCGAGUUUCACAAGUUUUACACCCUACGAGAUUGGGGACUGCCGGCGGAACAGACUUGUGGGCUCAGUUGGGUUGCGCAAGAAGCCACUACAACGCAAUGCGCUUGCUGAAAAGCGUUCUAAGCGAAAGCGAGAGCUACGCCUUGCUUUGCGAGGACGACUGUGUGCUGGGACCUGCAACCGCCGACAAGCCCGAAGAGUUUUUGAGGGAGCUGCAGUCGUGCGUCGAAGCUCUGAACGAGAAGUACAAGAAUUGGUGUUGCCUGAUGUUGGGCGGGCAGCCUAUGAGGUGGGCACGCAACGAGCCUUCGACCAUCGAGGGCAUCAAGCAUGCAACCUCCGUUUCCCAAGGUCAUUGUAGUUUGUGGCGCUACACGCCUGAGACUUCCAAGAUUCUGGAUGAAAUUUGCCUUCACAUAGACAGCGGAAUGCUGAAUGACGUGGCAGUUAUUGCCUGUCAGAAGAAGGCGGCAGAUCGUUUCUUUUAUGCGUCGCCGGCAUUCAUAGAGCAAUCCAAGUCAUUGGCCUCAACCUUGCAGCUUGUGAGCAAGUCUGGUGGACAAAGAGGCUAUAACAAUGCUUGGAAGCUACUGUGUUCCUCAGGGGGAAGCGAGAAGGUGAAGAGCAAGGCAAAGGCCAAUCUCCCCAAGGCACAGAAGCGAUUGCUGGGUCCCCGAGGUCGAGGCGAUACCAACAUCAGCAGGAUCGCUCUCCACAAAAUGCGGGCAGCCAUUGCUAGCAAGGGCGGCCGGAAGAGAGCUGGAAAUUCCUCAUCUGCCAGCGCAAUUUCUGCUAAAGAGGCCAAGAUGCAGCAGCAUUUCCGCAAGCAUGGCCGAUGGCCAACCCGCGCGCAAGCACAGGCAAAGUGGCGCAUCAGCAACUCAUUGUGGGCGCGGAUUCGGUCGGAGGGCGCCGCCGACUAG